UGGCGAGAGAGCCGAGAGAGCUCACCCGCAGAACUGCUGCGCGAGAGAGACUGGGAACUGCUUUCGAUUGUUGGCGGGCGCCGCCAUCUUGGUCAGUGAGCUCGCGAGUGGCUGAUACGUUUCGGAGGUGAAGAAGAAGAAGAGCGGUGCCUUCGUGUUCGUAUUUCGGGCGACCGCAAGCCAGGCCGACGUGUCGUAUUCCGUGCACGCGUUUUCCCCCGCGAACGAGCGUUCCUCCUCGACAAUUCUGAGACCGGUGAAAUCCGCGAGCAUCCGAGAUGUCCGAGCGUGAGGACAACGUAUAUAAGGCGAAACUGGCCGAGCAAGCGGAGCGCUAUGACGAAAUGGUGGAAGCGAUGAAGAAGGUGGCUUCACUGGACGUAGAGCUCACCGUCGAAGAAAGGAACCUGCUCUCGGUUGCGUACAAAAAUGUCAUCGGUGCGAGAAGAGCUUCCUGGCGAAUAAUCUCGAGCAUUGAGCAGAAGGAAGAGAACAAGGGCGCUGAGGGAAAACUAGAGAUGAUCCGCCAAUAUCGAUCUCAAGUCGAGAAGGAGCUCAAGGAUAUUUGCGCCGAUAUCCUUGGCGUCCUGGACAAGCAUCUGAUACCGUGUGCCUCCACAGGCGAAUCCAAAGUCUUCUAUUAUAAAAUGAAAGGCGAUUACCAUCGUUACUUGGCAGAAUUCGCUAUCGGGAAUGAUAGGAAGGAAGCAGCGGAGAAUUCUCUGGUGGCAUACAAAGCAGCGAGCGAUAUCGCCAUGACGGACUUGCCACCAACUCACCCUAUUCGCCUAGGAUUAGCGCUCAACUUUUCCGUGUUCUACUACGAGAUCCUUAAUAGUCCCGAUAGAGCGUGCCGCUUAGCAAAGGCGGCCUUUGACGACGCGAUCGCCGAGCUUGACACGCUGUCCGAAGAAAGCUACAAAGAUUCCACCCUCAUAAUGCAACUCCUUAGGGACAACCUCACUCUAUGGACAUCGGAUAUGCAGGGAGACGGUGAAGUUGAACCGAAGGAGCAAUUGCAAGACGUAGAAGAUCAGGACGUAUCGUAACUUUAACUGUAGUGAGUGUUAUCUUGCGCAUAUAAAACUGAGACACAAGAAAAAAACUCUUAAUAACUCGUAAGCAAAAGAAAAAAAACAAUUCAGCAGGUGGCAGUUCGGGAUGGGAAGGGGAGAUCUUUUAGAAAUUCGCGUGACCUUUCAAGAGAAAAAAAAAAGAAUAAAUAAAACACGCACCGUUACGAUUAUUCUGAAAACAAAGCUGCAGCAACAACAAUAACAACAACAGCCAACAGCAACAAAAAAAAUAAUCAUUCGGUCGCAUUACAAACACACCCUCAUAUAUACAUAUAUACACACACACACACACACACACACACAAUUGAGUUAAUACGAAGCAGAAAGUAACGAGUAUAAAAAAAGAAAAAAAGGGACAUACAUCCUGCGGUAAAUAGAGAGAUUGUAAAGCAUUUAAAAGAAAGAGAGGGAAAGAGAGAGGCACUUUUUAAUUGCCCUCGUUUUUUGUGUAUCAAGAGGAAAUGCCGUCUUUGCACUGUGCAUGCGUCCGAUUAAAAUUUAUACCGACGUGUCGAAUGAAUAUCGGAACGACGGAUGACGUCGACCAUCAAUUAGCAGAGAGCCUCGAGAAAUUCUAGUUACAUUUCUGGAUCACACCCACACAUACACAAUGUAGCGCGCGUAACGAUUACGUUCUGGGGUCUAAUAUUUGAUUUCCGCCACAAUUUCAGUGAGCGAGAGUCACGCGCGUGCGCCCACACACACACACACACACACACAUACACAUCGCACGCGCGUUUCAUAUGUUCUUUGAAAUAGAUAAAAAAAAGGAGGCAUGGAUGAUCGAUGUCACCGAGACGCAUUGUGUGUGUCGUCUAUUCUCACACCUGUACCUGUUUCCGCUUACCUGUUCCUAAUAUCCCUCGAUUCCCUUCUCUUCGUUGCACUCCCCCUGCUCCUUUAAACCUCGCUUUUUUACUGCGCGCAUGGUCGUCUCGCAUAUACUGUAAUCACUACCAAUAUUGGUGUAUGCGUGUAAGUCGAGUUUAGAAAAGUUUGGUUCAUUUCAAGAUUAAAACACCGGCGUCUUUACGGGAAUGCGCGGCUAUACGCGACACCGUCAUGCCACAGUUGCUAAGACGGACCUCGCUUUCGAGCUUGUAUUCUGUAAUAAAAUACAAUGUACUUCCGAUGAAAUCCGAUUCGAAUGUAACUACACACAUACACAUACACACACGCGCGUGUAUGCGCAUACAUUCACACAUAGACACACACACAUACAUUACCGACAGAGAGAAAAAAGAAGCAAAAAGUGAAAAUGCAUGAAUUUUUAGUACUAGCCGAAGUAUGAGAAAGAAAAAAAAAGGAAUGUACCGCUUACUUCGAUUACCCCCUUCUGUACCUCGUUGUAAACACACACACACACACACACACACACACACACACAAAUAUCAUUCGUCCGAGUUUUCGUGAAAAAAGGGAAAAACAAAAGAGCCUGUGUCGCGCAAAAAGAUCCUUGAGAAACGAGCGUAUCGUUGAAAUUUUUUCACGAAAUGGCUCAUGAUUCAACAUGUUAUAUACGCAUCUCGUCGAGACGAGCGUUUUAUAUAGCAUUAUUGUAUAGCUUGUGACGAGCAUCGUGACAAGAAGGAAGAAAGAAAAAACGGAAAAGAAAGAACGAAAAAUAGUAAGGAGGAAAGAGAGAGAAGUAAGAAAGAAACGAAAAGAAAAACAAAGGGAAAAAGAUUACGUUAACGUAGGUGAGCCUCUUUUUAGCAUUACGUUACUCACAGCAAAGCAAGUAAUUAUCUAGCUAGUCUGUAAUGUGGUUGUACGUUUUCAUACGCCCGUUGUGUAAACUAAUAUCGAUUGCUGUGGUAUAAGAAGUGACAGAAUAAAUGACUGUACCUCGACUUUUUCCACCCACGCGCGCACCACACACAAACGCGCGGGCGAGCGCACGCGCGCGCGCGCCCAUAUUUUAUGUACGCGUACAUACAUUAGCGUGGUUCGCCAAAAUUCGAAUAUAAAAACGUGCGCUGGUAAAAGUUCGCAGAGAGGCUCGAUAACUAGCAACGAGCGCACGUAACUUGAUUGAUAUUUCACGAGAUCUACCACGAUGUUUCUAUACUCAAAUUUUGGAACGUUGUAUGUAUGUAUGCUCGUAUACACGGCACACGCGCGCGCACGCACGCGCGCACUUCACAUAAAACACACAACACAGGUAUUGUCUUUUUCCAUCCAGAUACACGAUAAUCGAUCCGUGUCUGUAAUUAUCCAUCUGCCGCGAUUCAUCGACGAGCCAUUCCAUCAACGUUUCACGUUGAGACAUUCCAUUCUUCUUCUUGUAAUAAGGAGUCUGUCGGAAUCGUAGAUUUACAGUGAAAAAAAAAUAUACUCUUUCUUCAAACUGA